CAGAAAAUGGCUGAAAAGGCAGACCGUGCUACAGCGAAAGCUCUCACAGCUUUUGUUGAAAAAGGAAAAGCUCUGCUGUAUAUCGCCGAGAAGGAGAGUAGAGAAGACUCUAUCCACGUAUUCAUCAGGCAGAAAAUCCGCAUCGAGCAAAAACAGUCUGUGCUGGGUCUGAUUGAAGCCGGAGCAGCUUUGUACAGAAGUUUGUCUGUUAAGAGGAAAAACGAUGCAGAAGACAUCUGGAGGAAAAACAAUCACUGUGCUGCUUUGCAGAACGCUGUGCAGGACUUUCAGCAACUAGAAGUGCAGUGGGAUGCCUUCAUGCAGCGUUUGGAUGAUGAGUUACAACUGAGUGCUAAAACAUUAGACAGGGACCAUCAGUCAAAAUGUAUUUCACCAGAAACAUCUCUCAUCGAUGCCAGACAAGAGAGUAAAACAGUGAUACUAGAGAAAUAUCUUGGGAAAGGUAAAAAGAUCCUGCUGGUGUUAAUCCGUCAGUUCUCCUGUCUACUCUGCCGUCUCCACCUUGAGGAUCUAAAGAAGAAUCAGAGUUCCCUGGAUGCACACUCAAUUGAGGUGGUGGUGGUUUCUUUCGGCUGUAAUGAGGGAGCUUCACACUGGCUGCAGGAGACUAGCUGUCAGUACGACAUGCUGUUGGACCCUGAGAGAAAGAUGUACGCUGCAUUCGGCCUGGGAGCGUCGGUGAAGAAAGUAUUGAACUUUAGGAACAUGCUGCUCUAUGCUGAAUACGUGGUGGACAACAUGGAGUUUCCAAGAGGGCUUCCAUCGAUUCAAGACGACAUGUUUCAGCUGGGAGGCGACUUUGUUUUGGACGAACAUGGGAGGGUGCUGCUCGCUCACUGCUGUCAGAGUCCCGUAGACAGACCUUCAGUGGAAGACAUUUUAUCUGCACAGUGAAGAUAAAGCUCCUUCAUGCACCACUCAGGUUUAUUAAAGGAGAGCAAAAAAACAGGUGAUGUCAGCUGACAAGCUUCUUUUACCAGAUUAAAAUACGAGUAAUUGCUACAGACCAUGCUGUAAACUCAUAAUAUUGUGCGACAGGCAUCUUUAAGCAACAAAUAGAAGAUGUCAACUUGUUGAUAACAGAUGUGAUGUGAUGGAUACAUUAAAUAAAGUAUUAAUGAUACAAUUUACCAGACUUUCGAAUAAAAAUCGCAUUUAAAGCAGUCGGCCAGUGUGGUAUAAAAUAUAACCAUCAAGCUUCCUCUUAUGUUAUACCUUUCACUGCAACAUAUAGAACGGGAGGACAAAAUAACAGGAACACCCAACAAAUGAAUUAGAUCCGAAGGAAAACCCUGCAACAAAUCUUAACUUUGAUUUGCUACUUAAGGUGUCGAGACUGUAAUCUCGACACGGCGGCUGUGGCGUAGUGGAGAGCAAGGUAGUUCUCCAAUCAGAGGGUCGGUGGUUCGAUACCCGGCUUCGGCAGUCGAUGUGUCCUUGGGCAAGACACUUAACCCCAAGUUGCUCCCGAAGGCUUGCCAUCGGUGUGGACUGGAUGUUGCAUGAAUGUUAGUUAGAGUCUGAUGGUGGCACCUUGCAUGGUAGCCUGUCAUCAGUGUGUGAAUUGAAUGAUAUGUAAUAUACUACUGACUGUAAGUCGCUUUGGAUAAAAGCGUCUGCUAAAUGACUGUAAUGUAAUGUAAUCUCUGCAAUUGGUUAUAUUCUUAGGUGUUUCUAUUAUUUUGUCCACUGAGAUCUUUCUUUUUUUUUGUUCCAAUCCUAACAGCGUACAUUGAUGUGACAAAAUAAAUAUUUCUGUGCACACUAAGACUGCACAAAUACACUUGUGGAUAAGUAGGGCUGCAAUUAACAGUUAUUUUCACCAAUAAAUAAUUUAA